GAGAUGAUUGUUUUCAUCCAUGGUCCUCCACUUUCUUACGGAGAACACUUCUAUAUGUGCAAUAGCACAAGGAGACAGAAGAGCCAUAGAAAUCAUUCAACUUUGGAAUGGGCAGGCUCAGAAUGGUUCUUCUUGAAGAUGCUGGAUCUCCCGGUUGCAAAAGGUUUGUCUGUUUAGGGAUCUUCAUUGUGGCCACAGUCUCACUUCUCAGUGCCUCUGCUGUCACUAAUUCUCCUGGAGGAAUGAAAAAGGAACUGAGACUGACUGGUGGUGAAAAGAACUGCACUGGGAGAGUGGAACUCAAGAUCCGUGAGAAGUGGGGAACAGUGUGCAAGAACGGCUGGGGCAUGAAUGAGGUUUCUGUGGUUUGCCGGCAGCUAGGAUGCCCAACUUCUAUUAAAGCCCUUGGAUGGGCUAACUCCAGUGCAGGCUCCGGGGACAUCUGGAUGGAUAAGGUUUCUUGUACCGGGAAUGAGUCAGCUCUUUGGGACUGCAAACAUGAGGGGUGGGGAAAGCAUAACUGUACCCACGAGCAAGAUGUUGGAGUGACCUGCUCAGAUGGAUCUGAUUUGGAGAUGAAACUGGUGAACAACGGGGCCAACCGGUGUUUAGGGAGAGUAGAAGUGAAGUUCCAGGGAAAGUGGGGGACAGUGUGUGACGACAAUUUCAGCAAAGACCACGCUUCCGUGAUCUGCAAGCAGCUCGGAUGUGGAAGUGCCGUUAGUUUCUCUGGCUCAGCGAAAUUUGGUGCUGGUUCUGGACCGAUCUGGCUUGACGAUCUGAUGUGCAGUGGAAACGAGUCAGCUCUCUGGGAUUGCAAACACGGAGCAUGGGGAAAGCACAACUGUGACCACGCUGAGGAUGUUGGAGUGAUCUGCUUAAAGGGAGCAGAUCUGAGCCUGAGACUGGUGGAUGGAGCGUCCAAAUGUUCAGGAAGACUGGAAGUAAGAUUCCAGGAAGAAUGGGGGACGGUGUGCGAUGACAGCUGGGAUAGUCAGGAUGCUUCCGUGGUGUGCAAGCAGCUAGGCUGUCCAACCGCUAUCGCCGGCGUUGGUCGAGUUAAUGCCAGCGAGGGAUCUGGACCAAUCUGGCUUGACAAUGUCUCCUGCCAAGGAGAUGAAUCGGCUCUUUGGGAGUGUAAACACCAGGAAUGGGGAAAGCACUACUGUCAUCACAGAGAAGAUGCUGGUGUGAUGUGUUCUGAUGGGUCGGAUAUAGAACUGAGACUUGUUGGUGGAGGCAGUCGCUGCUCGGGAACUGUGGAGGUAGAGAUUCAGAAGCUGAUAGGGAAGAUGUGUGGCCGAAAGUGGGACCUGAGUGAUGCUAAUGUCGUCUGUAGAGAGCUAGGGUGUGGCUCUGCACUCCAGACAUAUGCUAAAACCUACUCCAAAAGUAAGGAGACAGAUAUGUGGCUCUUUCCUGGCCGCUGUAAUGGAAAUGAAACUUCUUUUUGGCAAUGCAAAAACUGGCAGUGGGGCGGCCUUUCCUGUGAACACUAUGAAGAAGCUCAAGUUACCUGCUCAGGUCACAGGGAACCCAGAUUGGUUGGAGGGGAAAUUCCAUGCUCCGGUCGAGUGGAAGUGAAACACGGCGAUGUGUGGGGCUCCGUCUGUGAUUUUGACUUGUCCCUGGAAACUGCCAGUGUGGUGUGCAGGGAGUUACAAUGCGGAACAGUCGUCUCUAUCCUAGGGGGAGCACAUUUUGGAGAAGGAAGUGGGCAGAUCUGGGCUGAAGAAUUCCAGUGCACCGGGGAUGAGUCUCAUCUUUCACUGUGCGAGGUGGCGCCCCCUGUAGAAGGAUCUUGUAGCCACAGCAGAGACGUCAGCCUAGUCUGCUCAAGGUACACAGAAGUCCGCCUGGCAGGCGGCAAAUCCUCCUGUGAGGGAAGAGUGGAGAUCAAGGUGCUCGGAGCCUGGGGGCCGCUCUGCAACUCUCACUGGGACAUCGAAGACGCCCAUGUCUUGUGUCAGCAGCUUAGAUGUGGAGUUGCUCUCUCUACUCCAGGAGGAGCACCUUUUGGGAAAGGAGCCGGUCAGGUCUGGAGACACAUGUACCACUGCACGGGGACUGAGGAGCACCUAGGGGACUGCCUCAUGACUGCCCUGGGUGCACCGAUGUGUUCUGAAGGGCAAGUAGCUUCUGUAAUAUGCUCAGGAAACCAGUCCCAUACAUUGCAGCCGUGUAGUUCAUCGUCCUCGGUCCAAACAACAAGCUCGACCGUCCCAAACAAGAGCGAUGUGCCCUGCAUAGCAAGCGGACAGCUUCGCUUGGUGGAUGGAGGCGGUCGCUGUGCUGGGAGAGUCGAAGUCUAUCACGAGGGCUCCUGGGGCACCAUCUGCGAUGACAGCUGGGAUCUGAUUGAUGCCAGUGUGGUGUGCAAGCAGCUGGACUGCGGUGUGGCUAUUAAUGCCACGGGUUCUGCCUACUUUAAUGAAGGAAAGGGGAAUAUCUGGCUAGAUGAGGUCAACUGCAACGGGAAAGAGUCUCAUAUUUGGCAGUGCCGUUCACAUGGCUGGGGGCGCCAUAACUGCAGGCACAAGGAGGAUGCUGGUGUCAUAUGCUCGGAGUUCAUGUCUCUGAGGCUGGCCACUGAAGUGCCUAGGGAGAACUGUGCAGGGCGCCUGGAAGUGUUUUACAACGGUACCUGGGGAAGUGUUGGCAGCAGCAGAAUGCCUCCAACCACCGUGGGGGUGGUGUGCCGUCAGCUGGGCUGUGCAGACAAUGGGACCGUGAAACUGACAUCCUCAGACAAGACGCCAUCCAGGCUCAUGUGGGUAGAUAAUGUGCAGUGUCCAAAAGGAGUGGACACCUUAUGGCAGUGCCCCUCAUCUCCGUGGAAGCAGAGACGGGCCAGCCCUUCUGAGGAGGUCUGGAUCACCUGUGACGACAAAAUAAGACUUCAGGGAGGACAUAAUGACUGCUCCGGCCGUGUGGAGAUCUGGCACAAGGGUUCCUGGGGCACAGUGUGUGACGACUCCUGGGAUCUUAAUGAUGCUCAGGUCGUGUGUCAGGAGCUGGGCUGUGGUCAGGCUGUGAAGGCGCUGAAAGAAGCAGCGUUUGGUCCAGGAACCGGGCCGAUAUGGCUCAAUGAAGUGAAGUGCAGAGGGAACGAGUCUACCCUGUGGGAUUGUCCUGCCAGACCAUGGAGUCACAGUGACUGUGGGCACAAGGAAGAUGCUUCUGUAAUGUGCCUCCCAGGAACGCCUCCAGAGUCAGAGCGUGGCACAGGGCACUCUGUUCUCAUUGCUCUCCUGAUCUGUGGAGCCAUUCUAUUGGCCCUUGUCUUCACAUCCCUCUGGUGGGCUCAGAAGCGAAGGCAGAUACAGCGGCUUACAGUUUCCUCGAGAGGAGAGGUCUUGAUACAUCAAGUUCAAUACCAGGAGAUGAAUUCGAGAGCAGAUGAUCUGGACCUGCUGAAGUCCUCAGAGAAUUCCAAUGAUUCAUGUGAUUUUAAUGCUGAUGGACUAACAUCUCUGUCUAAAUAUAUUCCUAUUCCUGGAAUAAAAAAGGAAGCCAUUCAGAGGCACACUGAAAAGGAAAAUGAUAAUUUAUAAUCCACGGAGGCUAGGUUGGCGUUUAAGAAACCUUGACAUGACAGCUGCCUGAACGGAGCAAGAACCCAGUCCAUACAUAGAUGACCGCAGCUGCAUCAUCAUGUCGCCUUUAGUCUCCUGGUCGUCUGCUGCACUUAUAGAAACCCUAUUUGUGAAUUUGACCACUUGAUAGAGAUGGG